AAAUCAUGCUCGAUGUUAUCCGGAGCAACGGCAUUCCUCUGCGUCUGAGUACUUAGGUGAGUCACAGGUCGAAACGCAUGAACCGUUGGACCCUGAGCGGGCGUGAUUCUUCCGGGUGUCGCGCCACCGACGACAGACGUGUGCACGAGCGAGAUCAUCGCAGUAAGUGUAAACGGACACUUAUUGCACUUUGGUUACUCGCCACUGUCUUGUGUUUUCCUGCUGUUUAAAUGCGAUGUUGCUGUCACUCCUUUUGAAUGAGUUACAAGACCGAAACACGAGGAGAUGUUUGUGAAAACAAACCAAAAAAAAACUGAAGCUGACUCAACAUUUUUUUUUUUUUUUUUUUUUUUAUGUAAUCAAACUAGAGUAAAAUGUCACUGCAGCACACAUACAACAGAAAUGCAUUGACUAGUCCAAACGACAUCAGAACGAGUUUUGUAAGAGGAGAAAAACGUGCCGGCAGACAAGGUUUGAAUCAUUCCUUCGACAGUUUUUCCACGUCAGUUUUGUUUCCCGUUUGAAUCGAAAGAGUCACGCAGGCGUGUCAUAAGUUUCGAGGACAAAAGAGAGCACGCAUAGCCGUGCAAGGUGGAGUCUAGACAAACGACUUCUCGAUACAAAUGGCAGGACUCGUCUUGGUUGUGUCACAGAAAAUGGAUUCACCGUGCGGCGGUCCGGCUCAAAAGCAGUUGGAGUGUCCCUUGUGCGAGCAGGUGCUGAAUGACCCCGUGACCACGCCCUGCGGACACAACUUCUGCCAGGCCUGCCUCCAGCGCCGGUGGGGCGACGGCAAGGCUUGCCGCUGUCCCGCGUGCGACAAGGCCUUCACAAACCGUCCCGAAAUAAGCGUCAACGCCGCCUUCAAGAAGCUGGCUGACACCUUCAAGAGGAUGACGCUCGGCCUGUCCUCUUCGCCGCCGCCCCGAGACGGCGAGGUGCCGUGCGACGUGUGCGCCGCCGCCUCCCUGCAGGUGCGCGCCCUCCAGUCCUGCCUGGUGUGCCUCACCUCGUAUUGCCACACCCACCUGGAGGCCCACCGCAGCGUUGCCACCUUGAUGAUGCACCGGUUGAUAGCGCCGGCCGCCAAUCUACGGGAGCGUCUAUGCGGGCAGCACGAUCAGCUCUUGGAGAUGUUCUGUCGGGAUGAGCAGCAGUGCGUUUGCCGCUUCUGCACCGAGAGCCAGCACAAAGGCCACCGCGUCGUUCACAUUGACGAGGAGAGCAAGGAGAGGAAGGUCCAAAUGGGGACGACGCAGGCCGACUUUGAGCACAAGAUCGAGGAGCGACAGAACAAAGUGGAGGAAAUCCAAAAUGCUCUCAAACUCAGUAAAAUAAGUGCGGCAAAUGAGAAGACAAAGAGCAAAGACCUCUUCGACCGCCUGAUCGCUUUGGCCGAGGAAACGCGAGUGGCGGUCGACGGCGAGGUUGAGCAGAGUCAGAAGGCGGCCGAGCAGAGGGCCAAAGGGCUGGUGGGCGAGCUCCGGCGAGAGAUUGCCGAGCUCCAGUCGAGGAACGCAGAGUUGGCGAAGCUCAUGGGCACGGACGACCAUCUGAUCCUCCUCCAGAGGUUUCCUUCGCUAACGUCGGCUCCACCGACUAAAGAAUGGGCGGAGAUCAGUGUCCACACUGAGCAAUGUGUGGGGACGUCGAGAAGAGCCCUGUCAAAAAUGGUCGCCGCCCUCAGGAGUGAGCUGGAGGGCCUGCAAACGGACGAUAUGAAGCGCAUGCAGAGUUACGCAGUGGACGUGGAGCUGGACCCGGACACCGCCCAUCCCAAUAUUUGUCUCUUGGACAACGGCAAGCGGGUGGGCCGCGCCGAGAUGCUGCGAAUUGUGCCUGAAAAUCCUCAGCGCUUUGACCCGGUGAUCUGUGUUUUGGCCAAGAGAGGCUUCUUGUCCGGCAGGUUCUAUUUCCAGGUGGAGGUGGGGAGUAAGACUUUUUGGGACGUGGGCGUGGUCAAAGAGUCAGUAAAUAGGAAAGGCCUGAUCACCUCCAAGCCUGAGAAUGGCUUCUGGACGAUGCGUCUCAGGGGCGGGGACGAGUACCGUGCUUUGGACUCACCGUCUGUCCUUUUGACCUUUGACACGAAGCCGCAGACGGUCGGCGUGUUCACCGAUUACGAGGAGGGGACGGUGUCAUUUUUCGACGUGGAUGCCAGGUCUCACAUCUACACAUUCGCUGGGUGUGUGUUCUGCGAGAGAGUUUUUCCAUUUUUUAGUCCCGGAGUUUGUGAUGAGGGAAGGAACGCUGCGCCGAUGAUCAUCACCACUGUAAACAAGUUAACACUGGCCCCUUCACCACAAACUGAUGUGGCACUUACUGGCAAUGCAUGAGCUUUGUCACAACAGUAAAAAACAUGUCAGUCUUUGAGUAUCUCUCUCUGUCUUUUUUUUUUU